AUUUCAAUCAAUCCAUUCAAUCACUAGAUUUGGUCUCAAGAUAUGGCACAACAGUUGACACAUUUGAUGGCAUCACUCGAGACCACAGAUGACGGCAAUGAAGACAAUUACACACAACAGCCACAAAUGUAUGCCAAAGACUCUUUGGAUCGAUUCGGUGAUGACAUGUUUGGUAUUUUGUUGUCUUAUCUUUCACUCGAAGACCGUUUUCGCUGCGAAUGUGUGUCCAAACAGUUCCAGAGGAUAGGAUUGGGCGGAGCUUUGUUUGGCAACAUGUUAAUGACCACGUCAACAUUUUUAUCAAAAACAACUCAACCGAUGGAAACAAUUGCUAAAAAGUGUCCAAACAUUGAGACCAUUGACUGCCGAGGAAUGAGAGAAACGGAUUUAGUGUUGAGAUCUGACGAACCAAUACUUAAAAUGCUGUUAAUAUUUCGAGACAAUUGCCGACAUUUACGGGAAAUUUACUGCAAUUUAUUGCCAGAUAAUAACAGUUCGAAUGAAGAAUAUAAAAACGAUUUGCUUUCACUCGAAAAAGACAUUCACAUUCAUUACCACCGAUUGUCUCAUUCGUCGAUCUCUUUAGAGGAUUUAGACAACGAACUCAUUCACUACAUCGUUGGUAAACAAAUGGUGACAAAGAAUUUAAUGAAACUUGAGUUAAAUCUCGAACAAAGUUUUAGUUUCGAUGACAAUCACCGGUUGUCGGCAUUAUUUAGUGACAAUCAAUCGCUAAAAUGUAUUAUCAUUACCGAAAUGGAGGCACACAGUGAGGACACUGUCACCGAACUGGCCGUCCAUUUGUCACGAUUACCACAAUUACAGGACUUAACACUCAAUUUAUACGCUCAGUCCCAACAGUUUUCAUUGGCCGCCGCUUUGCGUACAAUUGGCUUAAACUGCAAACAAUUGCAACGAUUGUCACUCACAUUGAAGUCGAGUAGUAUUAGGACUUACGCUCAGAAAUUGGAUUCAUCGGAAGUGUUUCGACAAUUAAAACGAUUGCAUUUAGCUCUUAGAUAUAAACCGAUUCGCAAUUGGCCCGCAUAUAAAACUAUUGGAUUGGAUAUAUAUAUUCCGGUAAAAACAUUAACGCAUUUAUCGUUCAGAUUCCGUCAAAUAAGCGGCAAAUUGUUAGACAAUUGUCACGAACUGUGGCCACGACUUCAAUACCUGUUUAUUGAAUGCCAACACAUCAGGUGUUUGUCACACAUCUCAAGACUACCGGCGCUACAAAUGCUUGUCAUUCAAUGCAAUGGAAACAAUGGUCUCUCAGAUAACGAUUUGAAUGCUGUGUUGUCUUCGAGUCCUAAACUCAAGACAAUUGAAAUCCGUGUAAACAAUGAGAAGAAAAUCAAGUCUCCGCACAACACAAACAGUCACUCAUUUGUUGCCACCGAUUGUCUCGAUUACAUAUCUACUCGUUGUCCGCUGUCUUCGACAAAACUUCCCAACAAUGUGGCAAAUAAUUAA